UAAUUAAAAAAGUCUCUGUAACAUUUCACAUCUCUUAGGCAAAGGUUACUGAGAGCCAGUUAGUUCAGUGCAUGACCUCUGUAAAUAGGAGCAGCCAAAAAUAGCUCCAUGGAAGGUCAGGGAAGGCAUCUUUUCUGCAUGUGGAUAGCUUUGCAUUUCUGACCUGAAACAUCUAUAUGUCUUAUGGUAAGCAAGCAAGAACAGACGGAAAGAAAACAGAAUACAAAAUGAACUUGGAGGGCAGCCAGAACCUGUUCCAUAUUCAUACGAGCCUGUACAAAAUUCUGUCAGCCUUGGCAAUUUUUCCGUACAUGAAAUGGAGAAAGCCUGCGUUAACUUCUAAACCAUGCUUCAAAGACAGUCUAGCCAAAUAAAUGCUGGAUUCCAACUGCCAGUAGAUGAACAUCAGCAGGAGGGACCCUUAUGUUUUACAAUGGAGCCAUAGGCUUGUACGCAAGUGAUGUUAAACUUCUGACUGACCCUGGAGUUGGAAAGAAAUUUCAGCUUGUCAGACCAAAUGUUCUCUUUCUUUUGAUACCUGUGUGUUGAGACAGAGUUUACAAGAAGCUUUUAUAGCAAAUCCCAAAGUCAGAGGUCACAACAGAACACUUUAAUUAUUGAAUAGGCAAGAGCUAAUGUGAGAGGGAAAGGCUCUGUGUUUCUCUGCAUAUUAAUCUCCUCCCCGCCCCUUCCUGCCCAAAUCCCCUUGGUUAAUCAGGUUAUGUUUGCUCUGUUUCUCUCAGGGAGCAAGCAGAAUGCAGUGUUGCUAGAAAGAAACAGCUGUAAGAACUGCUGAGAAAGGAUGGCCACAUGUUUCGCGAGUAAAAGGUCUGGUAGAGGAGUGGAAAAUAACAUCUGAACCAGGAAGAACUAAACUAACCAUCAGAAGAACUUGACGAAGCCUUCAUCAAAGAGCAUAAGCUAAGCUGCUGUGGGAAUUUCAUUGUAAUUACUCCUGUAGAAUUAAGCAGUCACCGGGAACAGUUAAGAGCCAGUAAUGUAUUAAUGUAUAGGAGGACUGACAAAAAGUCGUACCCUCUCAAGCCCCUGGAGAGGAGCCGGUACUAGUGCCUGUCCAUCGUGUAAACAGUGUUGUUUAUUUUUAAGGGCUAAGUGUUCCAAAUGUUUUAAGUAUAUUACUUCCCCAGGAGGAGGACAGGAACACUAUCUAAAUAACAGCUUAGAGUUUCGGUGUAUUCGAUACAAAGCCACCACCCCCUUCCAUAACCUUCCCUGGGUAAGGUUUUAUUGUUGUUGAUUUAAUCAAGAAGUGUUUUUAGGAAAUAAGAGACAAUAAUAAGCUAUCCACAACAUAUGCCAAAAUUUUUGGGACACAGCAUACAAAUUAUCUUAUCUGGCUGUUUAAAAGAGAUGAUCCCUUAAGAUUAAAGAAGAGGGCAACACCGGAUAGGGAACUGGUGCUGCGGCUUGGAAGGUCUGCCAAGGGCUGCAACCCCUUCGGGCUGUGACCAUCGAUCACUAUGGCCCUUACCAGACCUCUUCUAGUCCUACUUGGGGUGAGUUCCUUAACCCAGGCUACGACCAACAACUGCAAUCAAUGUAUAGUAACUACUAGAAGGGGACGGGUAAGUUCCCAAACCUUGGUGUAUCAUAUGGUCUAUGACUGUAAAGACCAGAAAAUAGGAAACUGCAUUCAUAACCAAACCCAGUAUGCUCUGUGCAGAAAAGGUAACAGGACCGUCUGCUAUGAUCCAAAAGAACUCCCUUCUCAAUAUUGGGUGGAAAUUAAGAGAAAUUCGGAAGUAGGUAGAUUAAUUGGAACAAGUCGGGUUAUAACCAAUUUGAACACAUCAGUAUCAGUAAUCUUUGAUGCAUGUGAUAUUAUAGAUGAUGAUCCAGACACUAAUUGUGGGAGUUUGGAGUGGAGAUGGUACUAUAGUAAUCAACCAAAAUACAUCUGCCCCGGUGGACAUCAAUGUCAAAUAAACCCUGAUUAUGUACCUAGUCAAACAGCGAGGUAUCAAUCGGCACACCUAUGCCGAAGAAGGGGAUGGUCCUGUGUAUGUUGGGAUACUGCAGGCUGGGGGUAUGAUAAUCAAUGUGGAAAUUUACAAGCUUCAAUGACAAGGGUACAAACAGACAGUAAUUGUACAACCCGUACCUGCAAUCUAGUAAAUUUAACUCUUGUAAAUUUAGAGAUUUGGAAACAGAAGAAAGUAACCAAAAUUGGACUUAAGAUAUAUGGACCUGGAGAAGACCCGGGUGUAGUUAUUAAUAUUAAAAUCAAAGAAAGGAUAAAAGAGUCAGUGCAACAUAGACUGUUAUUCAACUCAUUUUAUCAUGAAAUAGAAACAGGAGUAAAAUAUGAAUUUCCCACAGUUGCUAAAAAUCUAUUUAUAAAUCUUGCUGAAAACAUUGCUAAGUCAUUGAAUACAACUAAUUGUUAUGUUUGUGGUGGAACAAAUCAAGGUGAACGAUGGCCAUGGGAGGCUAUGGAGAGCAACAUAAGCAAUCCCCAAGUAUGCGAAACAAUGAAAAAGGGUAAUAGAAAACAACAAUGGGUACUCCAAACGAGUAUAAUUGGAAGAAGUUGUUGGCAAAAUCUAAAAAACCAAAGGAAGACAAGUAGGUAACCUGGAGUGUGAAGGAGGUUACCUAUGGAAUGAAACUCAGAAUAGCUGGGAUAAAUGGGGAUACCCAUGGGAAAUGAAUCAUCAAUUUAAGAACUGGACCAAUGGAACAAACACACCAAACGGUUGGCCAACUCCUGAAGGACGUUACUGGAUUUGUGGCAAACUAGCCUAUGCAUAUUUACCAAAGAAUUGGACAGGACCCUGUGUAUUAGGAACUAUAAGACCCAGUUUUUUCCUGUUACCCAUAGAUCGGGGAGAGCGAUUAGGAGUCCCAGUAUAUGCUGAAGCUGAUGAGCUAAGGAAAAGGCGCCAUAAAUGAAGCUUACAAAUGGAAAUUGGAAAUAUAAUGAAUGGCCUCCUGAAAGAAUCAUUGCCUAUUAUGAUCCAACUAGGUGGACAGAAGAUGGAUCCUGGGGUUAUAGGACCCCAAUAUAUAUGCUUAAUAGAGUAAUUAGGCUACAAGCUGUAGUAGAUAUAGUUGUAAAUAAAAACGGAGAUGUACUUGGAUUAAUUGCAAAACAAAAUACCAAGAUGAGAACCGCUUUGUAUCAAAAUCACUUAGCUCUGGAUUAUUUGUUAGCACAAGAAGGAGUUGUCUGCGGAAAAUUUAACCUUAGUAAUUGUUGCUUAGAGAUUGAUGAUGAAGGAAAAGCCGUAAAUCAGCUGAUAAAAGAAAUAAAGAAAAUUGCACAUGUCCCAGUUCAAACUUGGAAUGUGAUCAAUCUAGAAGGAUUAGGGGGAAAAUUUAUAGGCGGUGGUUGGCUUACUAAAAUUGGGAUAAUUGUAUUGGGGUUAUGUGGAGGAUUGCUAAUCAUUCCAUGUUUAACACCUUGUUUUACCAGAUUAAUACACUCGGUUAUACAAGGGAUACAAAUAUCUGCGGUACCUGUUCACCCAGAACCAGGGAAAGACAAAACCCAUUCCCUGAUGAUAACAAAAACAAAAAAAGAUCCAAAAUUGAUACCAAUUCGACAAGUGUUGACUCGACUGGAAACGAAAACAUGAAUCAAUACCAUAAAAAAGAAGAUAGGGGAUGGUGAAAUGUGUUCAUUUGCUUCGUGUCGAUAUAGAACAAUGCUAGGUCCGCAGGAUGAAAUGUAACCUUCUGUCUUACAUACCCUUGUAUAACCACACGCUUAAGAAAAACAGAGUGAUCAAUGUCUAUAGUUCCUGUAUCUUGCAAAGAACAUCUGGCUACAUACCUCAUUUCUGUAUCUUAAAAAGGACAUCUGGUUACACACCCUGAUACGCAGGCUGAGCUGCUAACAGCAGAGUGUUAAGUAAGAGAAGUUUACAGGGCGCAUGCGUAAAAUCUAGGGUCAUCCUAAGGGUGAGGCGAGGAAGACUGCUGACUUCAUCCACUGACCACCAGACAGGGGUUAAGAAGACCCUCGGGGAUAGAAAGAGCAUGUGCCACGAAGUACACGCCUAUUCCAAGGAUCCAUUUACAUAAACCGACCCUUUCUUAGAAAUAGCUAUGAAUAUGUAUUAGUUUAGAAAAUAUAAACCAAAAAUAAACUUUGUACAGCGCGUGUCUUGGUGGAGCAGAGACUCCCAGCGCACCCAGGGCUGUUUG